UCUGCUAUAUAACUGGCGACUGGCGACGUGGCGACCAUUUUGUAACGACUUCUCCUUCCUUUCAAUACAGAAUUUACGCAAUACCAAGACGUUGGAUGUGUGAGAUUAAUAUUUCCAAAGGACUAGUGAUUUCAUUAAACAGCUGAUUAAGUUUUAGUUAUACAUAGCAGUAAGAUAUAUUUUGUUACUACAUUCUAGCAGAAAUCUACUGCCACGCCGGCUGACCCUGGGCCUGUCAAUUUUCUUAUUUGCUGUCGAUCCUCACUUUUGUCUUCUGAGUCCGGUUCCUCGACCUUUUCUUGGAUCUAAGGAAUACCAAUUAACUUGGACGACAGCCUUAAUUUUGCCUGGAACAAUUCUGAGUUUGAAUACUACAAAGAUGGAUGGAUUUACAUUGGACUCCAAUACGGUGAAAGACGGCGCUGAGCCGGCCGUUGCUGUGAAUGUUGCAAGUCAGUUCCAGCUCCAGCACAAAAUGGGUCAACUAGACCAGGACCGAUGCGAAUCAACAUGCGACUCGGCCUACCUUUCUGAGUGUACCUAUAGUUCAGUCUCGGAGAGAUUACAAGACCUACGUAUCAGUGAUGGACAAUCUGAAAGUCAAGUGAGCUCAUCUUCUGGAAGGAUCCAGUUAUCAGACUUCAAAGACUCUGUUGAAUCAAGAACUGCAAAUGAUAAUGCUAGGCCUCAAAAGAGACCAGCAGAGGAAUCGCUGUCAGAGGAGGUUUAUCUGACAACUGAUGCAUAUGACCAAGAUGAGGAGGGAGACACGCCACUCAGUCAGUCGAUCAUACAUGAGAAAGUGGACAUAGCGCUGAAAUUUAUCAGAUACACAUCAAUGCCAGAAUUCUUCAACAUCAGAAACUGUCUUGGCCAGACUCCACUCAUGCUGGCUGUGCUGACGAACCAACCCAAAGUGUGCAGAGCUCUUGUGGUAGCGGGGGCGUCAGUCGACAUUCAGGACCAAGGGGGUAACAGCGCCCUCCACCUGGCCUGCCGCCUCGGCUUCACGGCAUGUAUCCAGCACCUGACAUCCCCGAUACAGCCAAUCGAGAUGAAGAAUACCGUGAGUGCAAGGAAUUACAGACAAGCCCAGUCACUCACAUCGCAACUUGGUCUCAAGAAUUAUGAAGGUUUGACAUGUGUGCACCUAGCAACACUGAGACGUGACAUGAACCUUUUGAAGUACCUUGUCGCAAUCGGCGCCAACGUGAACGAGCCCGAUGGAAAGAGCGGUCGCACCAGCCUCCACUAUGCUGUUGAGAUGAAUGAAUUCCACCUAGUGCAGUGUAUCCUCUGUGACCUGGGCGCCGAUGUUGAUGCUGUGACCUUCGACCUUUGCACACCGCUGCACCUGGCAGCAGGAAGGGGUCAUGUAGACAUUGCAUUCUUGCUCCAUGGGGCACGGGCCGACACCCAAGUCCAGAACUUUGAGGGGCAGUGUGCGUACGAGCUGACCCACAACCUCGAACUGAAGGAGUUGCUCUCACAGGGACAUCAGUACGAAACAACCAACUAUUUCUACUGAACAAUGAACAUAUCUCUCACUUCCCCAUUCUGGGUUGAGUGCUAGAUGAAGAAAAACUAAGAAACUGUCUCCACAAGAGGAGAUGUUGCUGGCUGGCAUCUCCUGUUUGGGGAAGGAGCUUGCAUGCUGCUUUAACAGAGCAAAGCUACCAAUGACAUUGUCAUACUACAUGGCAGGGAAGUGAGGAAACGGAAAAGGGGCAAGAGUUGAGGCUAUUGCAGCAGAAUAGCAGUGAAAAGAAAAGAUAACGAAAUCCAGCCUUUAGAUAUUAUCGUAAAAGGUUGGGUGGAGUUUGCAGUUGAGUGAAGUUCUGAUUACAGAGAUGCAGAUAGUCUAUUUGAUGCUUGACUGUUUUAAGGAUCUAUACAUAACACACAUGCUAUUGAUGUUAGAUGCAUUGCCUUUGUUAUGUUUUCGUACACCAUGUACCAAAUACUUUUUGCAUACAUGUGUAAUUACAGUUGCAGAUAUAUAGGCAUACAUGUAUAUGCAGACUCAACUCAUGUUGGUUAGGAAUUCAAAUUUUCCGUGAUGGUAUAGAUAUGAAAUGAGAGACAGACCAGAAUAAUGAAGGUCUCAUAGUCUCAUUAAUGAAUAUCACAUGCAUUAAUGAAUGAAUAUUCAUACUAGAAGAGCAAGAGUUUUUGUUGGUGGAAUUGUUCGAAGCUGAACAGAUUUUAGGUCAUUUUGCAAAAAGAAAAAAAAUCUGGCAUGAUCUUUACAUAUUUCAUAUAUUAGAAUGAGAACAUGGAUACAAAUGUAAAAUCUUUGAAACAUAAAUAAAUAGAUGCUAUUUCAAGGGAAGAGCUGUUGUAGCUAAGCCACAAAGCCAUACUUUUUUUCUUUCCAAAUAUCAAUUGUCAAACACACUGAGCACAUUAACUGAAGAAAAAAAAAUGUCCUUAAGAUCGUUGUAUAGUUUUGUGUAAAUCAUGUAUAUAAUAAAAUGUACAUAAUAUGUUCAUAUUUGCUGUUCACAGAUGCAUAUCAGUCAUGUAUUCAGUAUCAUCUAAAUUUGCUGUUUGUUCAUUUUCUGUCUUUUUGAUGAAAGGAUACAUGAAUUUAGGUUUUGAUCAUAGACACAGAAAUGCCACAAAGUCUUUUAAGCAAAGCUGUUAAAUUAUAAAUGUCUCUGAAGCAUAUCAAUAACUGUAAAUAGAACUAAUACAAUCUGUGGGAAAUAGAAGUAUUACACUCAGGAAUGUGGUUUUCUUUCAUGAAGAAAAA